AUGCCUAUCAAGUCAGUCCUUAGCAGCGCCCUCAUUGGGCUGCUUGCUACAGCACCUCUCACAUCCGCGCACUCAUGGAUCGAACAAUUGAUGGUCAUUGCUCCCAAUGGGACUCUGGUAGGACAACCCGGGUUUGCCCGUGGAAAUGUCUUGCGCGGAACACCUGGAUUCAGUGAUCCCACCAUGGUCAAUCUCAUUCCACCCGAUGGGCGUCCAAUCAACCAAAUUGAAUCUUCCGACCUCAUGUGCAAAUCCACUCAAACUUCGCAAACCCAGACCGACGGUUCUCCGAGGCUGCAGGCAGCUGCUGGAGCAGGUGUUGCCCUGCGCUUCCAAGAAAACGGCCAUGUCACUUUGCCAGACAACCAACCCGGCAAGCCACCCAAUCGAGGCACAGUCUAUGUCUACGGAACCACUCAACCCAGUCCCGACGACUCUUUCCUCGCCAUUCACCGUGUUUGGACGGCUGAUGGCUCGGGCGGUGAUGGUCGCGGUCGACUCUUGUCCACUCGCAACUUCGACGAUGGCCAGUGCUAUCAAGUGAACGGUGGUCAGAUCUCUCAACAACGCCAACAGCAGUUCUCGCAUCCAGCCGAUACUUUGAUGGGUUCGGAUCUCUGGUGCCAACAGGAUAUCCAGAUUCCAGAUGAUGCACCUUCGGGUCAGCCUUACACCCUUUAUUGGGUUUGGGACUGGCCUACCUUGCCUGGCACUGCAGGUUUCCCUGAUGGCAAGCAAGAGAUCUACACCACAUGUAUGGAUGUUGAUAUCGUCGACAAUUCCGGAGAGGAUACAGUGUCCGAGGCACAAGUUGACUACGCACAAGGUCAACCUCUUGACAAUGCUGCUGUUUCUGCUCAAAUGACCGAUCUCGCCAAUCCUACAGCUGUCACAGGUCAGACCAUCCCUUUCACCAAUUCUCCCACCACUUUUCUUACGCAAACCGUAUCGCCGACGCCUACAACUCCCGUACUGACGUCUUCUUACACAGGUUCCACCAUUGCCUUCUCUGCCUCAGCCACAGGCCCUGUCUCUGGUGGUGCAAGCGAGGCUAGUGUUUCCGCUGCCACAGCAUCUGAGACUGGUGUACCUGCCUUCCUGAGCGUCCACGUGGGUUCAACAGCCGGACCAGGCAUCGAGACCCAAACCUUCACUGUCUCUCCUAUCGGCGUAUUCACUACCACCACUUCUGAUGGCACCCAGGCGCAACAAACUGGCGGGUCAGGUGGUGGACGUGGCGGUGACAACAUCAACAAUCAACCCCAAGUGACCGCAGCUCCAAAUGUUGCCGGUAACGUUGUCGUGGCGACUUUCACCGAGUACGAAUCUGUUACCGAAACCGUCUUUCAGACAGUGUAUCAGACGCAGUACACCAAGCGAAAUGCAGGUGAGUCCUUCUAUCCGACUGGCCGCGGGCCUGUGGACGACGAUUAUGUUUCCCCCUCCACCUCUGAAUUCCCUCCUAUCCGCACUCCUCCUUACCCUUCCCACUGCUUCUGGUGCCCAAGUGGCUCGGCAGCUCCGAGGUUCACUGAUCCUAGUGGCCCACCGCCCUGGCUCAGUGGCGCUUGGACUUCUAGGACGUGGAGGCCGUAUCCUCGUCCUACAGGCUGGGUUGGACACAGAAACAGCAGCACCGAGCAUGGUGGCAGACACGGCUCUUAUGACGAUGGCUUCAGCAAUUCCACAACAACUACGACAGCUGAAAGCACGAUCACGGUCGCAAGCACAGUGACUUUGACGACAUACCUGCCAUGUGCCUCUGCCUCUGCCUCUGCUGCUGGUGUUGCCGACGGUGUUGUGAGCUCCUCAACCAUUCCGGCAGCGCCAAUGUCCAGCUACAGCCCCCAGGCCUUCCCUCCUCUUCCCCUUUCUGCUUCCACAGACACAGCCGGCACCUCUGCCGUGUCUGCUCAACCCAUUGCCGUUAUCCCUAUCUCCUUCUCCUCCACGCCCACAGACACAGUCACCGUCACAAUCUUUCCAUCCAGCCCAUCCUCUAUCUCUGCCUCUUACCCCACUUCAUCGCUACCCUCAACAAAUACUCAAGGAGACCAAUCACUAACGUUCACUGUUUCGCCCAUUCCAGAUCCCGCGCCGACCCCGACAGUUUCAACAGAACACUCGGUCUUUCGACUCCGGGCCCGGAACCCAUUCGUCAUGCUAGGCUGGUCCUCCCCGCAAAAGGCAGAGGUGACCCAGAGUCCUUCCUCUUCCUCCUCAUGA